AUGGUCGUGAGAAACUUCACAUGCAGGUAUCCAAACAAUAAAGAACCACAAAAUGUAACACAGCCCUCAGAAUUCCAUCUCCUACAACUCUCAGAGGAUCCAGACCUGCAACCCAUCAUCUUUGGACUGUUCCUGUCCAGGUACCUGGUCACAGUGCUUGGGAACCUGCUCAUCAUCCUGGCUGUCAGCUCUGACUCCCACCUCCACACCCCCUUCUUCCUCUCCAACCUGUCAUCGACUGAUACUUGUUUCAUCUCCACCAUGGUUCCAAAGAUGAUUUUUGUGGACAUCCAGACUCACAGCAGAGUCAUCUCCUAUGUGGGCUGCCAGACACAGAUGUCUCUUUUUAUCAUUUUUGGAUGCAUGGAUGAUAUGCUUCUGACUGUGAUGGCUUAUGGCUGCUUUGUGGCCAUCUGUCAUCCUCUGCAUUACUCAGUCAUCUUGAACCCUUGCCUCUGUGUCUCCUUAGUGUUGAUGUCUUUCUUAGUUAGCCUUUUGAACUCACUGUUGCACAAUUUGAUUGUCUUACAAUUUCCCCACUUCAAGGAUGUGGAAAUUGCUAAUUUCUUCUGUGACCCUUCUCAGCUUCUUAAUAUUUCCUGUUCUGAUGCUUUUACCAAUAAUAUAGUCAUGUGUUUUGUGGUUACCAUAUCUGGUCUUCUUCCCAUCUCAGGGAUCUCUUUCUCUUAUUAUAAAAUUAUUUCCUCCAUUCUGAGAAUCCCAUCUUUGGGUGGGAAGUACAAAACCUUCUCCACCUGUGGGUCCCACCUGGCAGUUGUUUGUUUAUUUUAUGGAACAGGCUUUGGAGUGUACCUUGGAUCAGCUGUGUCAACUUCUCCCAGAAAGGGUGCAGUGGCCUCAGUGAUGUACACAGUGGUCACUCCUAUGCUGAAUCCCUUCAUCUACAGACUGAGGAACAAGGACGUUAGAAGCACUUUGAGGAAACUCCACAGCAGCAGUUUAGUCUCAGGACCUGUGGUUUCCAUCUUGGAAUAUAGUUCGUAA